UCUCCCCCCUCACACACCUCUCUCCUCCACUGAAAACCUUAAGGGAGAAGUGGUCAGUGGUCGCCUCGCCUCUCCACGGCUGCACCCACCCUCCUCCCCCCGCGCUCCUCCACUCCGCCAUGCUUCUGAGGAACCAGAGAAGCAUCUUCCAUCUUGGGGAGGAGGGUGGCGACGACCACCGCGGCGCCGAACAUGUCAAGAACAUCGAUAGUACCCGUCACCUGGGUCGGCGCCGAAGCCACGAGCGGCAACGGCGAGAGCGAUACGCCGACGACGCAGUCGUCGGGCUGCAGAUCCUGGUUCAGCACCGCCACCACGCACGCGCGCCGCACUCGCACAUCGUCCUGAAGCAGAUGGUCCUGCCAACGCCGGAGGCGCGCCACCGUCGUGCUGCUUGCAGCUUCUUGUGGGCCUGCUCCCUCUGCAGGAGGCAGCUCAGCCCCAACAAGGACGUGUACAUGUACAGGGGUGACCAGGGCUUCUGCAGCGAGGAGUGCCGGUGGCAGCAGAUCUUGAUGGACGAGGUGAGGGAGCGCCAGGCCACGAUCAAGAAGGAGCGGCGAGGUCUGUCUCUCCAUCACCAACACGGGCCACGGUCGACGGCGGCGAUCCGUGGCGCGCCGAGGAGAUUACUGGCGGUAGCCUAACAUAUGAGAAGUGUGAGAACUGAAAUCCAAUGCGGGGAGAUGGCUACUACGCUCUCUAUACUGGUGGUGAUAUCCUUGCUUUCAGAGGAGAGCUAAUCUAUAAAAAAAAAAGAUGAAAGAGCUACAAAAUGUUUAGGCAUAUGCGUAAAACUUUUAGGUGUAAAUUGAAGUGCAAAUUUGUGUGAAUCGAUCACAUGGGCACAGAGUCAAAGUCGGGAGUGUUUUUCAGUCAGGUCCAGUUGCAGACCUGCUGUUUGUAUGGAUGUAACUCGCUCUUGUCACAUAUCAUAUUUAAGAUAGCUGCAAGGAAGUGAAGAUUAUAUGAAAAUAUGUAUGUUUGUAUUC